UUGGAGACGGGCUCCACAGGACUGCCCUCUUCCUACUACUUGCAAGAUUGGGCAGGGGUACGGCGUUCAAAACCAUCAAAGGAUCUUUAGUAGGCUUGCUGUGGAUCGCGAAGUCCAUGCUAUACUAGCUUCCGCCUUGGAUGUUAUUCCUACCCCGAAAGAUACACGCCGUCAUUACGCACCCGAGCUUCGGUCUACAGUUCUACGUCGUCUCGAUGCUGAUGUGGUGGUUCCUUGCGUUCUCCCGGACCAUGGAUGUGAGGGUGUCGACAAUGCCAGUAUUGGCUGAUUGUGAGGAGCAACAAUGGGGCUUUGGACAGAUAUUCCCCAUGCUGAUGCUCUUGAAUCUGCUGCUUAACACAGUCGAUGCCUGGAAGGAGUUUGACAAACAAUCUCUCGCUCGAACCAAAACGUUUUAGACGGAGGCACAAAGGAAGAUCGACUGUCGCCUUUGGCGUUGGAGCCGAUCGAUAAGACCGAACGGGAG